AACGAUUUCACAGCAAACAAUACUUUACAACUUUUUCAUUCAUGAGUGAGACACCUGUAGAAUUGAGAGAAUCUAAAAAGCGACCUGCUCCCGCUUCAGAAUCGUCAACGUUUGACGACCUCAAAAUACAAGACGAUAGUAUACUGCACAAACACAGCGAUCGAGAAACAUGUCCAGACUGUAAAAAGAGCGCAAUGUACUUUUGCUACCGGUGCUUCAAGCCAUCGACUAUUAGUGAGGGUCAUAUCCCGCAGUUAGAACUCCCAAUACCAAUGGAUGUUAUAAAACAUGAACAGGAACUAGAUGGAAAAUCGACAGCAGCGCACGCAGCAGUUAUUGCUCCUCACAAUGUCAAAAUAUACAAUUGGCAAUCCAUCCCACAAUACGAGAACCCUGAAGAAGUGUUGCUCCUCUUCCCUGGACAUGACGCUCAUACACUCGAGGAAAUACCGAAAGGGUCGUUCAAAAAAUUUGUCGUCAUUGAUGGAACAUGGAAGCAGGCUUCAAAAAUAGUUCGAUUGUCUCCUCAGCUACAAAAUGUCCGCAAAGUCACUAUAGCGCCGAGGAAGACUUUGUUCUGGCGGUACCAGAGCUUGAGUGAGAAUUACUUGGCGACCAUAGAAGCUAUAUACUACCUUUACCGCGAAUAUGCAGAGGCAUACGAGAUGAAUGGCAAGCCUUAUGAUGGAAGAUACGACAACUUGCUCUUCUACUUCAGAUACUUCUAUAAUUUGAUUCAAAGCAAGUACAAAAAGGAGAACAAGAAGUACACUCAUCGACAGCGUGAAGGCUACAUUCAGUACGACGACUCAGUUGAUGCCAAAGUCGAUGAAAACAAGUCUGUAGACGCUUAAUCUCAUAUAUUGUCCAAUAUAACCCUGUAAUAAUAAAGGAAGUGGGUAGCCAACAUUCAAUAUCAGGAUAGUCCAAAAAUGCCCGUGG